UCUCUCUCUCUCUCUCAAACUCCAUCUCCGAUGGAACCAAAACCAGCGACUCCCUUACUAAAUAAGGAAACCCCAAUCAUCCAAUCAAAACCAAAUAAGAAAGAUUUCCUGAACCACCUAGAAGCCUACUUAGCAAAACGCGAUGGCGUCGACAAGCUUCUCAAAAUAUCCAGAUACGCCGCCAAGAUCGUACUCACCUCGUCGGCCCUCCCCGAAACCCUAACCCUAACUCACCGCCUCAUGAGCUUCGAGUCCAGCGUUGGCGUCAGCCGCAAGGCCUUCCGGCUCGGCAAGUUCGUCCAAGACGUCAACGCCCUCCGGAGCUCCCACUUCGACUCCACCGAGGACGUCUUCCUCUCAAUCGUCGCCUACGGCGGCGAGGGCGUCUACUUCUUCGUCGAGCAGUUCGUGUGGCUCGUCAAAUCGGGCCUGAUCGACAAGAAGCACGCGCGGAGGCUGGGGCUGAUGAGCGCGUGGGCCGAGUUCGUCGGGUAUUUAGGGAGUGUUUCCCUGAAAAUGAGGGAUUUAAAUCGGAUUAAGGAGGAGGAGAAGCGCGUGAAGAUGAGUAUUGAAGUUGCGAUUACGAGGGGGAUCAAGUGUGAGGAGGAGAAGGAGAGGCUGGGGAAGCUGAUUGAGAAGAAGCUGAUGAAGCGGUUUUCUGUUGUUCAGGAUUUGGCUGAUGCGUUAAUGGCCGUGGCUGACAUUCGUGACGGAAAAGGGCAUUUCUUGGGGCCGCUUUCUGUGUCGAUUGCAGGGCUAUUAUCGGCAUUGAUCAGCACUCAUAAGAAUUGGGUUUCUUGCUGACUUUGGUGACAUUUUUAAAGAGGUAUGGGUACUGGAAUUGAGAACUGUUAUACUGUUACUGUUAGGAGAUACAUGUGGAAUCCACACCUGAAGAGGUUGUUACAGCUUUAGAUUAUAACAUUUCUCAGGAAUAAAACUAGGUAGUUAUAGGAUGAGAAAUACAGUGGUUUAAUAAGAAUUUCUUUAUUUUCAGCA